AUGUGGGAGCGGAUGAAGAAAGCUCUCCUGAGCCCGUUCUCCGUCAGCUUCGCGGCCACCUGGAAGGUGAUCAGGGCCUUCUGGCGCAAGAACGGCCUCUUGACCCUCUCCAUGCUCUCCGUGAUGUCCGGCUGCCUCGUAGGGUUCCUGCUGAGGGCGUUGGAGCUGUCCGAUCUGGAGAAGCAAUACUUCUCUUUCCCCGGAGAACUUCUGAUGAGGAUGUUAAAGAUGCUCAUUUUGCCGUUGAUUACCUCCAGCUUGAUGUCUGGUUUGGCCACCAUGGACUCCAAAGUCUGUGGGAAAAUGGGGGUCAUCACCAUCACCUAUUACCUCUGGACGACCUUCUUGGCCGUGACGACUGGAAUCGUCUUAGUCAUCAUUAUCCACCCCGGGGCGGCUGCCCAGAAGGAAGAAUACACGGUCAGCAAAGUGGUGCUCAGCUCCGCCGAUGCCCUGCUGGACCUCAUCAGAAAUAUGUUUCCUUCCAAUCUCAUCGAGGCAUCAUUCCAGCAGUACCGAACGGUUCUCGUCCCCGUGGUGAAGUCCCCGGGGAUUCCAAAUAUGCCAAGGAAAUCUCUGAGUUUCAUCUACUUCGUGCCUGACACCGAAAACCCACAGAUACAGCGACCGGUGCUCCUUGAAAUCACACCGUCCCCGGAAAUGACGUACCGGACCCUCCCUGGCAGCAAUAAUGAAAUGAAUGUCCUGGGAAUAGUUAUCUUCUCAGCCACGAUUGGCCUCCUUCUGGGGAAGAUGGGCGAGCGCGGGGCUCCCCUGGUGAACGUCUGCCAAUGCCUGAACGAGGCCGUGAUGAAGAUCGUCGCCAUGGCCGUCUGGUAUUUCCCUUUCGGCAUCGUCUUCUUGAUCGCCGGGAAGAUCUUGGAGAUGGAAGACCCCUACGUGAUCGGGAAGAAGCUGGGCCUCUACGCCAUGACGGUCGUGACCGGCUUAGCCAUCCAUGGCCUUUUUUUCUUGCCUGCGCUGUUUGUGCUCAUCACCAGGAAGAACCCGUUCUCCUUCAUCCGGGGGAUCCUGCAAGCCCUGUUGAUCGCUCUGGCGACGUCGUCCAGCUCAGCCACGCUGCCCAUCACCCUGAAGUGUCUCCUCGAGAACAACGGGAUUGACCGGCGGAUCGCCCGGUUUGUCCUCCCAGUGGGUGCCACCAUCAACAUGGACGGGACGGCCCUGUACGAGGCUGUGGCAGCCAUAUUCAUCGCACAAGUCAACGAGUACGACCUGGACUUGGGACAAAUCGUAACCAUCAGCAUCACGGCCACGGCGGCAAGCAUCGGAGCGGCUGGCAUCCCUCAGUCCGGCCUCGUCACGAUGGUAAUCGUGUUAACCUCUGUCGGGCUGCCCACAGAAGACAUCACGCUGAUCAUUGCCAUCGACUGGGCCUUGGACCGGCUGCGCACCAUGACCAACGUGCUGGGCGAUGCGCUGGCCGCAGGAAUCAUAGCGCACAUCUGUCAAAAUGAUUUUGCUCCCAAACCGCCCGAGGAAGACCCCGAGAACAACAAAGCCAUGCCGGCCUUAGCAGAGGCUUCCGUCUCCCAGCCCAAAGACCACGUGAUGGAGAUAAUCGGAGAAGUUUUAGCCGAACGGACAAAAUACAACAUCUGUCAGGUGUGA